UCAAUGGUCGCGUUCAGCAGAGAAAACCGCUUAGUAGCAAUCGAAUGUGAUUGGUUCUUACUUUUAGAAUCAACGAAUCAACGUCAAGUGUUGACGAGACGAUAACUGAGCGCUUUCUCUGCUGAACGCGGCCCAUGCUAGAUCCAGCAUAAUUGUGGAUCUAGCACGGACAUGCACCAAUCGAUCGUUUUACCAUGGCACCGAAAAGUGGAUCCGGCCACGUAGUUCCGCCGGCUCUAAAAUGGAUCCAGUUAGCGCCACUGUACCGGCUAGAGAAAGCGUUACAGGAAAAACGGCGGCGUGGCCCCUCUCAGGUUUCUCUCUGCCCUCAGUCUUUUUGAGAGGGGAGUUUUCCCCUUCUAACAAAAUCGUUCGAGUGCAUUCGGGUGCAAAUUGAAGCAAUUGCAGGUGGAAUUUUGGUUCUAUAUAGUCGUAGUAAACGAUUCCUACGUUUUAUUCCAAAUUACGUGUUUCAUUGAUUUUAAUCUGAGUGGAGCUAUGCAGCAACCUAAGAAACGAGUCUGCUACUAUUAUGAUAGUGAUAUUGGAAAUUAUUAUUAUGGUCAAGGACAUCCUAUGAAACCUCAUCGUAUAAAGAUGACGCACAAUCUACUCUUGAAUUAUGGUCUUUAUAGAAAGAUGGAAAUAUAUCGGCCUCAUAAAGCCACACAAGAAGAAAUGACAAAGUUUCAUAGCGACGAUUAUAUCCGAUUUUUGAGAUCCAUACGGCCAGAUAAUAUGACAGAAUACAAUAAACAAAUGCAACGAUUUAAUGUAGGAGAAGAUUGCCCUGUCUUUGAUGGCUUGUAUGAGUUUUGUCAAUUAUCAGCUGGUGGAUCUGUAGCUGCUGCUGUAAAACUCAACAAACAAGCAUCAGAAAUCUGUAUCAAUUGGGGUGGUGGCUUGCAUCACGCGAAAAAGAGCGAAGCAUCAGGUUUCUGCUAUGUAAACGACAUUGUACUCGGAAUUUUGGAGCUGCUGAAAUAUCAUCAGAGAGUUUUGUACAUUGAUAUUGAUGUUCAUCAUGGCGAUGGUGUGGAAGAAGCUUUUUAUACAACAGAUAGAGUAAUGACAGUCUCUUUUCACAAAUAUGGCGAAUAUUUUCCUGGAACUGGAGAUCUCCGUGAUAUCGGGGCAGGAAAGGGAAAGUAUUACGCUGUUAACAUACCUUUGAGAGAUGGUAUGGAUGAUGAAAGUUACGAGUCAAUAUUUGUUCCUAUCAUUUCAAAAGUAAUGGAAACUUUCCAACCCUCUGCUGUCGUUUUGCAAUGUGGUGCGGACUCAUUGACUGGCGAUCGAUUGGGAUGUUUUAAUUUGACUGUGAAAGGUCAUGGCAAAUGCGUAGAAUUUGUAAAAAGGUAUAAUUUACCCUUCUUGAUGGUAGGAGGUGGUGGCUACACAAUCAGAAAUGUGUCCAGAUGUUGGACGUAUGAGACGUCUGUAGCUCUGGGAUCUGAAAUCGCGAACGAACUUCCAUAUAAUGAUUAUUUUGAGUACUUUGGUCCUGACUUUAAAUUACACAUUAGUCCUUCAAAUAUGACAAAUCAAAACACUCCCGAAUAUCUUGAGAAGAUUAAAACGAGAUUAUUUGAAAACCUAAGAAUGCUACCUCAUGCACCUGGUGUGCAAGUUCAGGCAAUUCCAGAGGAUGGUGCUAUUGUCGAUGUUUUUGAACCAGAAGAAAAGAUGAAUCUUGAUGAAAGACUAUCUCAACAUGAUUUGGACAAGAGGAUACAACAUGAAAAUGAAUACAGUGAUAGUGAAGAUGAAGGAGAAGGUGGACGAAGAGAUAACAGAUCAUAUAAAGGAACUAAGAAGCGACCACGUUUGGAAAAAGGCCAGGAUAUGGAUUUGCAUAUCAUGAAUAUUAAUAUGAAAAAAGAGGAUGAUGUAAAAUUGGAAUCAAAAGGAAAUGAUAAAGACGAGAGAACAAAUCUCCAUAAUGAAGAAAUCAAGAAAGAUGGUGGGGCUAAUCUCUGAUAAAUAAUUGUUUCAUGAUCUGCAUAUCCGCAAAAGUACAAAAGCCCCUAUUAAAAAAUUAGAUGUAGAUAAUGUGCUGGAUAAUUUAAGUAAAAGAACAUUUUGAUAGAUUUUUUUGUUAUGAUCGCAAUCAUGCUGCGUGCUGAAGUAUUUUCAGAGAACAGUAUCUUGUGUGCAAUCCACUUGGAUUUAGUCUGGCCAAGAUAGAUAUGCAAAAAUUCACUUAUCAUGCAGAGACAUAUAUAUGUAUGUAUAUGUGUACAUCAGUGACGAGCAACUCGCAACUAUAAGAAAGAGAGUAAAAAGAAGUCACCAUAUAGGUAAUCUAAAAGAUGAAAUUAUAAUAUUAUUCAUCUAAGAAUUUUGUAUAUUAUUGUAUUUAUACUUUUGUAUUUAUACAAAAUGCAUAAAAUUACGUGUUUUUAAGCACGCAAUUUAGGUAUAAAAAGGAUCAUCUUACAUUAAGAGAUAUAAUAAAAAAAAUAAAUAAAUAAA